GAAAGAACGAAGUGGUAGCAUUGGAAGUGAUUGCGGUUAAUUUGAUACACUCAAUAGCUUUUGAAGUGUUGAAAGUUUUCUGUUGACCAGUUUGAGCAGUGUGUCAAUCUCCAAUGGAAAUUUGUCUUGAAGUACAUCAAUCUGAAUGUGCAUCGUCGAACCACUUCAACUUAAAAUUUUAUUUCCUUUGGUAUCAAAAUGUCUGAAAGAGAACUAGAGCAAUUUGAUGAAGAUUCUGAGAGUGAGGAUGAUGAAGAUUAUGUGCCAUCGGGUGACGAUAGUGAGAGUGAAGCAUCUGUUGAUGAACACUUGCUAAGCAAUGAAAACCAUGAUGAUGAAAACACCUACAAGAAGUCAGGAAAGGCUAAAAUAAAAAAUCUUGGAGUAAAUAUUAGGAGAACUAGAAGGAAAGGAAUUCAGUUAGAAGAAGAUUAUUCUCUUAAGAAGUCUCCCAAACAUGAUACUGAAUUGGAUGACAAAGAAACAUCUCCAAAACAGAAUGAAAAACAAAAAGCAGAUGUGUUGUGGUCUGAUUUUUUGAAUGAUGUCAACCCUCCAACCAAGUCUGGAUCACAGAAGCUCUGUUGUGCAGAAGAAAGUUCAUCUACUGUUUCUAAAGGAGAUAAGGUUACAAAUAAUACAGAUCUUGCAAAAAGUACUAAAAUAGCCAUUACAAAGGAAUAUGAUUUUGCUGGUGAAUUGGUAACUAUCACUAAAGAGGUAGAAGCAUCAUCAAAAGAAGCUAAACAGUUUCUUGGAAAGGAAGAAAAGUCUGGAGAACAUUCCAAUUCACAAAUUAAGUCUACACAAGCUCUACCAAAAUCUGUGAAAAGGUUGGGAGUUACUAGUGUGUUAGGCCAGCUCUCUAAGAAGCCCAAGAUGAGUGCUUUAGAGAAAUCUAAACUUGACUGGAGUACUUUUAAAGAAAAAGAAGGUAUUGGUGAAGAACUGAACCAGUUCCUCAAAAGUAAAGAUGGAUAUUUAGAUAGACAAGCAUUUUUGCAAAGAGUUGAUCAUCGACAGUUUGAGAUAGAAAAAACUAUGCGCUUAGGUAGUCAUAGUAAUAGGUGAAUUGCUUUAUUGAGGAACAAAAUUUUCCUGAAAUUUUUAUAUGUAUAUAUAUAUUUUUUUCUUUUGUAAAGAUUAGAUUACCUUCAGUUAAUUUCCUGUCUUUACCGUUUAUUUUUUGGUUUGUUCCUAUAUCAUGAGAGAAAAAGAAUGUAAGAGUAAGAAUCUUAAUCACGAUUUUUAACUACCUAUGUUUACAUAUUACAUGCACAAGUGCAUCCAGCCUGGAAACUUUCUUACAAAUCAUAUUUAUAAAGUUUAGAAAAAUCAUUUCAGAUGCAUUUUCUCUUAAAAGUUUUUUAGAGGGGGAGAUUAAUUAUAGGAAACAUUUUUUUAAUGGUCUCAUUUUGAGUAUUAAUGUACUAGACAGGUAUGAAAACUAUGCUGUUAUUUAAAGUAUACCAAACAAAUGACAUUUUUGAGAUGCACCUUUAAUGACAUGUUUCAGAGAUUAUUACUGAAAUUGAUUAUUUUGAAAUGCAAAUGUUCAGUGGCAGGAAUAGUAUCAUGGAACUGAAGCAUUAUACCCAGGCACACACUUGUAUUGUCAAAACAAAGUGUUUGAUUUUUGAACUGUCUUAUUUACAAAAGACCUAUGUGCAUCUUAACUAAUCAUGUGUAUAGUGUUUAGUUACUUUUUACACACCACGGUAAACCUAUAUUUAUAUAGUAUAAGAAGAAAAAAUAUAUUUUUAGUAACUUAAGUAAUUCCCAAAUCCUCAGUGUCUGUAUGUCAGGUAUAUGAUUAACUGUGUAUGUAGAUGCAGUGGUGACAGUCGUGUUCAAUACUAAAGAUGAAAGUUUAAUGCUCUAGUUAGACAAACCUUUUUUAACACUUCAUUCUUGGAAACAUUCUGCAUAAAAGUAAUGUUAAUUUCAAAGUGAUGUUUAUGAAGAAAGUUUUUAUAGUCUGAAUGCACCUUAAAUGGACCAUGAAAUAAUGAAUGCAUUUGUUUAGCUAGAAGGUGUUGAGACAUUAUGUCCCUUCUUAACUUCUGUGUGUUGUAUAUUGGUUUGAAAAUUUAAGAUUUUCUGUAUGACAUUUUGAAAUAUAUUUUAUAGGUUGAUUGAAAUGUAGACACACAAUCAUAAUUUUUUAUUUCAAACAAAUUCAAGAUUAUGUGAAAGAAACUUGUACUUUGCUAUAACAGCUUGUGAUUAAACAUUGAUCCAUUUGAUACUGGUAAAAAAAAUACACCUUGGGUUAAUAUAAAUGUGCACACAUGCUCCAUUAAUGUAGUUUAACUUGAUUUUUGUUUUUUAAUAUUGAAAGUAUUGAGAAUAUAUGUUGCUUCUCUAAAAACCUUUGUAUAUAGAAACGUUGUUUUGAUUUGAGUCGUAAGCAGUGACAGAUCUCCAUAGCUACUUCUUAUGAGCUGCAACUGCAUGCGGUUGCACUAUAUAACAAUUCCAAAGCAUUUUUAAGUUGCAGUUUCAACUUGUAGAACUCAGUUUUGUCUGGUUCUGUUAAUAGUAUACUCCUCAGAUACUGUUUGAAGAGCCAAGUAAAAAUGUUUGUGCAUUCUGAAUAAAAUAUUUUUCUUUUUGUCACUUGCUGUUUUAAAUACUUUUAUGUACUAAUAUAGCUGUUUAGCAUGUUAGUUGUUUUUCAUAUAAAUAUGCUUAGUUAUGUUCAAAAGUUCAUUCAGUUACAUACAUGUACAUUAUUCUUAAAUCAGGGCUGACUAGAUGAUUGUGAUUUACUCUAAGGUAACAGUCCAUCAGGUAGGUGCUCAAAUUUGGUUCGAUAGGUACCAAUUGGGUGGAAGGUUCAUUGGUAUAAUUUGAAAGUUCUGUUAUUCAGGAACACAUUUAUACCUGGUAGCAAUCUGUAUGUAGUAGCUUUUAUGUCAGUAAUCUCUGUUGAAAAGACUACCUAUCAGACUAAAUGUGAAUGCAAAAUAUUCAAAAGUGAUACAUGGUAACCUAAUAUCUGAGCAUAUGUAAUGAAUAAAAUGUUGGAAUACCAAUAUUAUACAAAUUGUAAAGCAAUGACGAUAUAUUUAUUGACUUCAUAGAAUAAUAGAGGAGCUUCAUGAUAAGUUUUUUACAGUGAAAUUGGAUUUGUAUCGCAGGCCUUUUCCGAGAAAAGUGCAUUUUGUUAUAUAUACAAUACUUUGUUCUUGCACCAUUUUCCCAUCAACAUCAUCAUCAAUCCUUUUAUUUUCUAGAAAAUGAUCACAUAUAUAAACUUAAUUAGUAUUGUCAUUGUCAUGAUUAUAAUAUUAUGAACAGUACAUUUCGUCAAAUUCUAGUUUCUUGGUUUCAUCAUUUUCAUCCAUUGGUUUGUUUUCCUCAUCCAGAAGCUGGUUGUCACAGUUUUUCAGCCUACAGAGUUCCAAACACUUCAAGUUAUUUGCCAAGCAUGUACACUUUGGAAGUUAACAUGAUCUUGCACAGUUACAUGCCAGGAGUUUCAGUACUGUGUCUGGAACUUGGGCCUCAUCCAGCUAAUCAAAUGUGACAUCCUCUUUGCCAUCUACCAUUUCAACUUUCCAGUGUUGAGGUGGGUCAGAAGAGGUGUUGAGACAAGACUUCUCCAUAUUGCUGUCUGGUAGUUUGCUGUCAGUGCAUGCUUUCGUAGGGUGUUUACACAUGGCAGGAGCUGAUGCAGUUCAAUACGACCCUUUUUUACACUGAAUAUUUGAUAUUGCAGUUCAUUCACCUUGUGUACAGUGGGCUUAGCUGCAUAUAACUUGCAGGUGAAUGAUUCCAGUUUCUUGGUAAUGAUGAUGACAGCAGGUUUUAGAUACACCAAUGAUUCUAUAUCUGUACUAAAAUCAAGCACUAGCAGAAAUACAUCAGAAUCGUCAGCAACAAGAGCAAUAAAUUCAAAUCCUACAUUUGCUGCAUGUGCAGAAUGCAAAAUUAAGCAUGUCUCUCUUCCUGUGUCGACUUGAGACCUGGCACAAGAAUGUAGUUCUCAUUCUAACUUAUUCUGUUGCAGUCCUCACCAGAUGUCACAUACAGAACCAUGCCUCACAGGUAUUCUCUGUAUUUUGCAUGCUUCUAUUCUUGUACAACAAAGUAGAUGAAGCUGGAUUUGUUUGAUGUUGCAGAAAGAUAUUUUAUUCAUUGGACAACUGUUUGUUUUGCUGUAAUGUUUUUCAGCAGAAUUGAACCAAUGUUUAUCCUAUAUUUUUCUCUCUCAAAACGUUUGAGUUUUUAUUGUAAACGUGAAAACAACAUCAAUACAAUAAGACUAUGAUACUUCCUGGAGAGAUUUUGACAAAAUGAUAAAUGCAAUAUCACCAAAAGACAUAAGUACGUAUGUCUUCCACAUGUGGCAUGUUCUUUUGCAAGGGCUGAUUUACUGGUUCUCCUGGGAAAGCCAUCAGCAGUAGUCAGUGACUUGGGAAGUGGCCCUAGCAGAUGCUCCAGUACCUCUCGCAUAUCAAGCUGAUGAGUCUGUGCCACCAUUAGCAUAUUUACAAACAAGCUGGAGGUUUUUCCUUGCUGCUUGCCAAUUUCCUGACCUUUUUCUUGUUAGCAUCUGUGAAAGUUUUCAGCUAUAUUUUUGGAAGCCAAUCAUGAAAAUUCAUGACUGGUGGAUCUGUUUCAAGUGUGUUAGCUUUGAAAGAUUUGUAUGCUGAUUCACCACGUCCUUUUGCCGUUGCUAAAUCUUUUCCAACAUCUUUUGGAGCAACACUAUCAUUGGAGAUAUUGAGCAGGUUUUGAGGCUCUUUGAAUAGAUUCAUGAGAUCUUCAAUCACAUUGAUUACUGCAGACACUAUCCUUUCAUCCUUUAUGAUUUGUGAUGUUUGAAGCACAGUGUUGUGAAAGUUUUCCUGAUUGAUUUGAAGCAUUUCUUGUAAUAGUCUGAUGUAGGCACUGUAGUAUUGCAGUAAGAUUGUAAUGUAUUACUGUGCUAGUUUUCAGGAUGAAACGACAUGUGCCACCUAGGGUUUUUGUGUUUUUGUUGAUAGCUUCUUCAAUUGUUUGGUCAACAGGUAUUUUACAAAAUGUGUUAGUUGAUCCAAUUUGUACUGAAAACAUUCCAUCUGUAAACUGCUGAUAAAUAUCAUUAUGUUCAGACAACUGAGACAUUUCUGCAUAAUAGACACUGGCAUAGUUGACUUUGUCAUAGGCAGAGCACCAUGGAAUGCACUUACGAAUGCAUGCCAAGUGCAGCAGCCAGUUUCCUUCUCUUGAGGCACAUAUCAGACCAAGAAGAACAUUAACCAUGUCGAUGUAGCUCAUCCAAUAUGCAGAUAAGGGGCCAUUGUUUUUCUCAAUAAUUUAAGAAGUUUGAGAAGUAAUGCAGUAGGUCUUGAAGUUGUUCAUUUUUGCAAAGUGUCUUCAAUGAUAUUCUGAGAGAGGUCAUUAUGUAGGUCAUGAAUUAUCUCUAAUUCUGCAUCCACAGAAUGAACUCUUUCCAUGCGAGAUGAAGCAAAGCUUUAUACAUACAUUUUUUGGGCUUGUAUUGCUCUAUUGUAUUGGUGUCUUUCCAUUACUGCUGUGACUGAGCCUUCAGCAACAAUGCCAGCUUAUAUAAUGAUGCUUUUGAGUCCAGCAUCUUGGAAUCUUUUGCCAACUAUUGACAGUAGAUUACAAAUUGUCUGGAACGUACCCAUUCUCAGUCUUGUGCUGAAAUUUCACAUGGUGUUUCCAUUUAAUUUUGAGAGCUUUUGAAUAUAAUACCUGGUCAAACACAACUACAAAUUUUCUUUGGAGUGAUUCUUUGAUUUGAUCACAUUGGUUCAGUACUUCAUUUACAGUUGACAUAUUUGUAGCUGGUGCAUUUAUGGAUGGAAGUUAGCCAACCACAUCUGGUGAGAUUGACAUGCCCUAUCUUGUGAUGAUGUUGAAGCCAGUCCAGCUCAUGAUAGCCUGUAGUGUGAAAAACCAGACUAGAUCUUUGUAUAGUGAUAUAUUCGUGACAUCAUUGUGGUUCACAUCUAUGGUAUUUAACUGUCAAGGACCAACUCUUUUAUCAGUUUUGUAGAUUGGUAAUGGUGUAUAUCCUAUAGCAAGAUUUGUGUACCAGACUUCAGCAGCAACUAUUUCCCUUGAUACAAUGGCAAGAAUGUGUUCGUAUUACCUUUUCAUGGCAGUGUCUAUUACUGUAGUGUGUACUUGCAGUUCAACACAUUUUGUUAUGCACUCUCUUGUUCUUGUUCCUUUAAUACAUUUUGAUGAUUUUUCCUGGUGGACAGAAGAUACUUUCUCCAUUAUCCUUGAGCUAGUGGAAGGUGUUUGUCAGAGUGAUCUAUGCUUGGUGUCCACUUCUUCUGUGUCCUCUGCUUCCAAUUUUUCCAAGUCUCUUUAAU